AUGGGCCGAAAAGCCAACAAUCUGCCAGCGAGGCUCGCCCGGAAGAAGAAGAUCAAGGACAAGAACAACCUGCAGAUUCAGGGUCGAGCAGGUCUUGGCAGGCGCAGAGAGAAGGGACGCUCUGAGCGCCAGAAACAGCGGCAGAAACCCCGAGAGAAACCGGUGGAUCCUCCAGUGGCGCAACUCAGCUAUGUGGAACUUGCAAAACAGCAGGAGCAAAAGGCUGAGGCAGCAACAACUCAACCAUCGCAGGUGGUACAAGCUCCUCAGAGCAAGAAGGCUCGCAGAAAACAGAGGAAGCGAACGCAGCAAGAAGCCGAGAGGUCUGAGACGUGGGAAAAUAGCCACGUGAUCCCCAAGGCCGACCUGAAACGAGAUGAUACCCUGUAUUUUGGCGAGGACCGGGCUCAGGAAGGAAACGAUGGUGAGGAGAAAGGCCCUUUGCCGAAAGCAUCAGCCAUCGAGUUGUCUCCUGGUAUGCUGGUGCGAAUUGCUGGCCUCAAAAACAUGACCACGCUGAAUGGCGAGACGUGCACCUUACAGUCCUGGAAUGUUGCGGCUGAACGUUGGUCUGUGCGUAUUGAGGGCAAUGACAAGCUCCUCAAGAAGGAGAAUUUGGAAGUCAAGGCCUUGCUGCGUCCCCACACUCCUGUGCGACUGAUUGGUCUUCGAAUGCAGGAACUGAAUGGCAAGAACGGCCUUUGCAGGGAGUGGAAGGCUGAGAAAAGCCGCUGGCUUGUAGCAGUUGAAGGACAUGGGGACGUAUUGAUGAAAGCGGAGAACCUGGAGGUGCUACUGAAACCGGGUUUGCAGGUUCAACUCUGUGGACUUCAAACAUCCGAGCUCAAUGGAGCUGAGGCCGUGUGCCUCGCACCGUUGCAAGGGCGUUGGCGUGUUCGCCUGGAAGGAGGGGCUGAAAAGGCUCUGCGCCCUGAGAAUCUGGCGGUCCUCAGUCAGGAAGCAACUUUUUGUCCAGCUGUCACGCAACACGUGGAGGUCUUGGAGGCGGAGGAAAAACCCUCAAGGCUGCUGCGCAUCCUGAGGGAUGUACAGGAAGCAGAGCGGAAGGGCUUGGUCCAGCGAUCCUUGACGUUGGUUUUCUGCUUGGAAGCUUCCAUUGCUCCGGUUUCUCUUGCCCUUGGGCAGCGACAGGUGGCUUGUCUCAAGCUCACAGCUUCCAACCAACAGGAGCGCCUCAAGGGGUUUCAUCUUGAUGGAAAGCGAGUACUGCUUUGCACGGAUGAAGCCCUUUCGGCAUAUGGUGCAAGUUCUAUUCCAGAGGUGGCCCGAGCAGUGAGCUAUGAUCUUCCAGAUCUCCAAUGUCAUCGGAAACGGCUGGAGCGACUCAACAAGUCUGGCGAGGAGCCGGGUGGAUGCUAUCAUGCCUUCGUCACAGACCAGGUGCCAGCAGAGGUUUGCAGAGGUCUUUGCGAGAUGUUGCAGGCGGCAAGGAUUCCCAUCCAUCCACGGCUGAAGGAGCUAUCCACACGGGAGGCGCUUUCCGUGCCAAACUGUUGGAAGUUUGAGCCAGCAACGUGA